AUGGAUAGUGAAGCGGUGAGACGAAGAAUGAACAUGAUUGUUGCCCAUCUUGCGCCCACCAUUGCUGAUGAUAUAGCCCCUGCCCAUCUCCUUCCCAUGAACUGCAGUGCCAGUUUGAAUCCUGUCAUCCGAAGGUGUGAUAAUAGAAUGUAUUUUGCACGUCAGGGGUCAGCUUCUCAAACUUGUUUCAUGAGACAGGCAGGUUCAAUUCAACAGGGUAGCUCCGAAAAGCUUCUUCGAUCCUCUGCUUCUUCUGAAACAGAAUGGUCUUGUAAUGCGGAACUUAUUAAAGAUGGAGCACCACUGUUUUCUAGACCUGCCGAGAUGGAGCCGAACUUGUCAAACGUUGAAGCAACCCUAACUCCUGCUAAAGAUUGCCAAUCAGCUAUGCCUGACCUUCCCAAGUUUGCCAGACCAAAUAGACGCACAAUGAACAGAAAUGUGCAAUUUCAGUUUGAGAAGAAAGUAUAUUCUUCUGAUCAAUCCAAUGGAAUUGAGUGGUCACCAAGGAUGGAUGUUGUGGAAUCUGGAGUUAAUUAUGUCUUGACCAUAGAGAUUCCAGGUGUCAACGCCAAGGACAUUAGAGUGGAGAUCCGAGGCCAAAAUUUGAUAGUGAUGGGCAAACGCUCCACCAAGUUUUGGAGAAUUGGAGCUGGCGGUUGCUCAAAUGACUCCAUCUCAAGAUAUCACAAGAGAGAGAUUUUAGAAGGGCCAUACGAGGUUGUGUGGCAACUUCCCUCCGAUGGGAACAAAGACAAAUCAGGCGGUGCCAAAGCAAAGGACUGCAUGGGAACUGGAGAAGUAAUCAGUGAGCAAGAAGAACGUUGCAAAGCACCGAUUAAAAUUGUUGGGGUUGGCAUGGACUCCUAUGCUGAAACCUUAAUGGGUGUGAAAGAGAUAAAGUUAAAGUCAUUAUCAGCAUCUUUACUUGAUCUAUCUCCCUAA